UGCAGCCAGUGAGUGGACUCUGAGUCAUUAGCCACCCUGUAUGGAUUUCUGAGACUGGAGGUUUUCUCGGGAGCACAUCAUAACUGCCAGCAAGGCUCUCUGGCCUUGGAGAGGUGCAUGUGAAGAUUCCUUGGCAGUUUAACCUGGAAACCACUGGUCACCUUGUCCCUGUUUUCACCUGUGCUGGCCAAGGAGCGUGCCCAAAUGAGCAAGAUUUUGCAGACGAACAGCACUGCCGGAGUGAAUGGAAUAAGCGUCAUUCAUCCCCAGGCCCAUGCCAGUGGCUUGCAGCAGGUCCCACAGCUGGUGCCCGCUGGCCCUGGAGGAGGCGGCAAAGCGGUGGCUCCCAGCAAGCAGAGCAAAAAGAGUUCACCCAUGGAUCGCAACAGCGACGAGUACCGCCAACGCCGAGAGAGGAACAACAUGGCAGUAAAAAAGAGCCGGCUGAAAAGUAAGCAGAAGGCCCAGGAUACUCUACAGAGAGUGAACCAGCUCAAAGAAGAGAACGAACGGUUGGAAGCCAAAAUUAAACUGCUGACUAAGGAAUUGAGCGUAUUGAAAGACCUAUUCCUGGAGCAUGCGCAUAACCUUGCCGACAAUGUGCAGCCCAUCAGCACUGACAGCACAGCCAUGCCACCCACUCCGCCAAUGAAUGCCAGUAGCACCGGCCAGUAGACCUCCUGUGUCCAGACUUCACCACUGGUGGCUUGAAGGAGUAGAAUGAAAGGUGUGACCACAGAGCGGUGGCUACAGACUGGCCGGACACUGCUGUGUUCUAGGAUUAGCUCCCAAGGGUCUGUUAGCUAAACAUGUUAGCUAUGUCAUUUGAAUAUGUGGUUGUAAAUGAAAAUGGAUUUUUGUGGGGGAACAAAACAAUUUUUUUUGUGGUGUAUGGUGGGGGGGGCGGUGAAACAAAACAAACACCCACACCAGACUACCCUGGACCUUAUUGUUUUUGAUAAAUCUUGAGAUGUCCAAGAAUUGCCUCUUCUCUAGGUGGACAAAAGGGAUGGGCAAGCUGCAGGCCAUGGUUUGAAUGAAUAUGGUUCAUUAGCUGAAGAAGGUUGAAUUGCCACCCAUGUUAAUAUGUUUGUGAUUUUGUUUUUCUAAACUAUGUAUUAAAAAUCCUUAGAGCUACAGACACUAAUCACUUUGUAAUUUGGAGUGAUUUUACAUACGUCAGAAACCCCAUUUUCAUAUCAGUACUGUAUUUUCCCCAACAAGUGCUAGGUAUGUUUUUUAACUAGUGAUUCCAGGUUAGCUAAAGUAAAUCCUGUAACAUUUUGAAGGCCAGUUAAUUUAAACAUAGUUAAUGUUUAGGAAGUAAGGAAUGAAGGGGUGGGGAAAGGGAAGCACAUUAGUACUGGGGUCUCAAGGUAGCAGCUUUGGGUUAUUGGAUUAGUAUGGAGUUUGCUUCCUAAAAAAGAAAAGUACAGCAAUUUAGAGAGGCCUGCAUACCAAGUUUUUUAGAUCCUGCAGUGCCAAAGUAAACAUUUGGGGUGGGUGAGGGGGUACCAUUUUGGCAACCAAGUUAGUUCACGAAUGACCUGAAUAGUUUAGUCACACAAGCUGCUGAUGAGGGUGUGGAGUGGGAAUUCAGCAGGUGGAUUGUUAGAAAAAUGUGGCGUCAGUUUCAUGCCAUCUCCCAAAAUGCUUGUUUGAAAAAUAACAAAACUUGAAAGUGUAAGGUUUUUAGCCUCUAAUUUAUUUCAUCUUUUUAUUUUAUUUCUGUGACCUUUCUUUUUCCGGUUAGAGAGCUGUUCCUCCAGGCUCCGUUCCACUGCUCUGUUUAUUGUUGCGUGGUUUUAUGUUCCAUAAAUUAUUUUAGAUUGAAAAUAGGUAAAACUCAGGAUGUUGAUGUUUUUGUUGGGAUGAACAAAUGGCCCAUCACUCACGUUGGGAUUCUCUGGCGUCGGGUAACAUUGUUUGUCCUGUGAAUUGUUUUGUUUUGUUCUUGUUAGCACGAUUCUAGCUCAAAUUUGUUGACUUUUUUUUUUUUUAAUGCUGGGACUAGUAAUGAGAGACCGAAUCACAUCUGAUUAAAAUGUUUUUAUCAGGCAUCUCAUGAAUAUGGUGAUUUUAGGCCACACUCCUGUUCAUACAAGGAACUAACCACACAUAAUUCAAUAUAACUCAAGUUGCACCUUUGGGCUUGUAAAAGGCUUGUUAUAGUCUUCCAGCCAGAAGCUGCAUGCUGUCACAGCACCCCGUGAUGCAGCAAAGCCAUGGUCAGGACUGGAAGCCUCUUUGGCAUGUUAGCCACCAGCACCUAGUGUUGUCUCAUAGGAGAUGUAUUCUCGAGUCAGGACACAGUAGAGAGAUUUCUUUUAGGGCCAAGUACCAGUUUACUGUCAGUCGGGCAUCGAUCCACUUGUGAAGAUUGGAACUAACUAGGACAUACCACAAAAUUCUGCUGAAUGUUUAAUAGCUCCUUGAUGGUGAGUAAUUAGCUUAAUUGGAGAGGCACUUAGGUCACUUGAUGCUUUUUAGCACCAAUGAAGUUAGGUUUUCCUGUCUUACUAGGGAAAAAACAUCUUCCAGAAAUGGUGUCCCCAUGGAGUUUACGGUUACCAAGUGCUGUGAACUGAACUGUCUCGAAACUUAAGCUUUUAGGAAACAGUCUGUCAGAACAGAAGGUUGGAACUUGGAAAAACCUAUUCAAGCUACCCUAUCAACCAUGCCAUAAACACUUCCACGUAAGCCAGGAGCUGUGCAUCUUGACUGUUCCUGACCUGGGGGGGACGAAGGGCUUUAGUUUGGUAGACUCACCAGUGUAAAUAAAUAAAACUGAGGAAGCCGUGUGCAGGACAAGUAGGUUUAGAUGGCUUUGAGAAUUGACAGUUGUCUUGUGUGCAUCUUGUGCUGUGCAUUUACCUGGGACCCUCCAGGGUCCAGUCUGCUGGUGGGUUCAGUGUUCUAGGAAGCAGGCUGUGGUGUAAGCUUCGAACUGUGUCCGAGACUCUCCUGGGGUUGCUGGUGGCCCACGUACAAGUUAUGGCUGCAAGAGUGGGGGCUCAGAGCAGCUCUGCCUUGAGAUUUGGGGGAUGUGGGUGCAAACACUUGGGACAUUCUUAACCAAGAAUUAGUGUGGUUUUUACUAUGACCAGAUUUUUGAAAUGUAGGGCAUAAGUGGAAUUUUCCAAUUGACAUAAAAAGGUGAAGGAUGGUCAGUGUACUUUUUGUGGGUAAAAGGAAACACUGUCGCCACUUUUGUUGUCUUAACCCAACUAGAGCACCUGAAGCUUGUACCUGCACAAGCCAUUGAACACUCAGGGCGCUUUUUGAUGCCUUAGAAACAGGAGGGGAAAAAUUUUUUUUUUUAAGAAAAAAAAAAAAGAAACAGGAGAAAUUCUUUCCUGUUUGACAAAAGCUAGGAAGGAGAGAGUCCAUUUUUGCGCUAUUAGAUCUUGUCUCUCAGGGGAAAAACAUGACUUGUUCUUUUUUGUUCCCAACUUUUUCCUCAGUUUGUGAGAUUCCUCUAUUUUUAAAUAUAUAAUUUUAUUUUUUUUAAUGAAUUUGAAAUAAAAAAACAACUUUGGUAAUAAGAA